AUGUCUUUGAUAAAACCAUCACCUACAAUCGCUAUUACUGAUGCAGCAAAUAAACUAAAAGGUGAAGGAAAAAAAAUCUGUGUUUUAGCUGCAGGAGAACCAGAUUUUGAUACUCCAGAUCAUAUAAAGAAUGCAGCUGUACAAGCAAUAAAUGAAGGUAAAACAAAAUAUACAGCGGUUGAUGGAACACGCGAAUUAAAAGAAGCGAUAAUUAAAAAAUUAGAGCGAGAUAAUGAACUUAAAUAUGAGCCCAAUCAAAUCUGCGUAGGUAGUGGUGCUAAACAGGUAUUAUUUAAUUUAUUCAUGGCAACUAUUAAUCCAGGAGAUGAGGUCAUUAUCCCUGCUCCAUAUUGGGUUUCAUACAUUGAUAUGAGUAAAAUAACUAAAAAAACGAAAUGGUUAGUGAUCAAUUCGCCAAACAACCCUACAGGUGCUGUGUAUACACAUAAUGAGUUGCGGGAUAUAUCUAAAGUAUUACUUGAACAUUCGCAUGUAAAUAUUGUUACAGAUGACAUUUAUGAACACAUAAUAUAUGAUGAGAAGUUUUUUACCAUUGCUCAAGUUGAACCAAAACUUUAUGAUAGAGUUUUUAUAGUAAACGGGGUAUCAAAGGCUUACGCAAUGACAGGCUGGAGAAUAGGAUACGUUGCAGGUAAAAAUGAUAUAGUAAAAGCUAUUUCUACACUACAAUCUCAAAGUACAUCUAAUCCGAACUCUAUAGCACAAGCUGCAGCAACUGAAGCACUAAAUGGUGAUCAUGGAUUCUUAAAGGAACGAACAGAGACUUUUAAAAACCGUAGAGAUUUUAUGGUGGAAAAGCUGAGUUCUGCUCCAGGGUUAUCCGUAUCUGUGCCACAGGGUGCAUUUUAUUUGUUCGUUUCGUGUGAAGGCAUACUAGGUAAAAAAACAAAAAAUGGUAAGGUAAUAAAUAACGACUUGGAUUUUACUGAAUACUUGCUUGAAGAUUACUUGGUUGCUGUAGUUCCAGGGGUUGCGUUUGGCAUGGAAAAUUUUAUUAGAAUUUCUUAUGCUGCUUCUCAUGAGCAAUUGGAAAUCGGAUGCAAUAGCAUUAUUAAGGCGUGUCAGGAAUGUUUGACAAGCUAG